GUUAUUACCGCGUAAUCACGAGGAAAGCUUUUUAUGCGUUUUGGUCAUCAGGACCACCUUAGACUGAGACAAAAGCACUAGUCUUGUCUGGACUUGGUGUGCUUGGCUGUACAGGGAAGGGAGGCUGGUGGGGUGGCAGAAGAACGUGCUGGCCCAGGGCCAUAUUCAUGCUGGGAGCUCCACUGGCUGUGUGAUUAGUCCUAAGGACGCACAGUUAUAUAUUUAGACAGGCAGAGGAGUGAUAACAUUUCAUAGUUGGCCAGCAGCACCCUGUCAGCGACCUCCCACUCUGGAAACCUUAACCCAGACAGACAUGCACGCCAAAGAUUAACAAUUAAACUUCUGCAUGAAUUCACCAGACUCCCCCUUUAUCUCUGUCAUCUGGUCGGAUCCAGUCUGCUCGAAGCGGGCGUCCUGGUGCGAAAUAAUCGGUGUGAGUAAAUGAGGCGGAGAUGCCGGAGAACAACCCCAGACACGCUCCUCCGCAGCCAGGACAGGUGCUCCACUGGUGAGCCGAGGACAGGACAGGCAGGCUGAGAGAGAAAGGGCGGAGAGGGAAGGAGGUAAACAGCAGUUUCACUUCCCAGCGUUGCGCCAUGGAUCAGGGGCAGAGCGCGCAGGUAGCCGACAUGACGGGGGAGCACGCAGCCGGGGUGUGCGCGUCGGAGCGCGGCGAGGUGACCAGCCCCUGUCCGCCGGCCAAGCAGCGCUCCCUGCGGGUGGUUUACGUCCUGAACGACGGGCUGAAGUCGGUGAUGGCCAGCAGCCCGGAGUCCGGAGCGCUGCAGUGUCUGCAGAGAGCCUGCGACGCGGAGAGCGCCCUGCUCACCACCGUCACCUUCGGACGGCUGGACUUUGGCGAGACAGCGGUGCUGGACAGCUUCUAUGAUGCAGACAUCGCGGUCGUCGACAUGAGCGACGUCUUUCGGCAGCCCUCGCUUUUUUACCACCUGGGCGUGAGGGAGAGCUUCGACAUGGCCAACAAUGUCAUCCUGUACCACGACACCGACCCGGACACGGCUCAGUCGCUGAAGGACAUGGUUGCACAGAAAAACACAGCCAGUCGUCUCCCAGCCUUAGGCUUUCCCUGGAUUCAGCUGCCUCCAGAAUACAGAGGCUCUGGACUGAGAAACAAAGCUUCCAGCGGUAAUUACUAUUUCAUCCCCUACAUUGUGACCCCUAACCACGAGUAUAUGUGCUGCGAGAGCGAUGCACAGCGCAGGGCCAGUGAGUACAUGCAGCCCAGCUGGGACAACUUGUUGGGGCCGCUGUGCGUCCCCCUGACCGACCGCUUCACCAGCCUCCUGAAGGACAUCCAUGUAACGUCGAGUGCCUCUUUUAAGGACACGCUGCUGAAUGACAUAAGGAAAGCCCGGGAGAAGUACCAGGGAGAGGAGCUGGCCAAGGAGCUGGCCCGGAUCAAACUCAGGAUGGACAACACAGAGGUCCUGACGCAGGACAUCGUCAUGAACCUGCUGUUUUCCUACAGGGACAUACAGGAUUAUGACGCUAUGGUUAAGCUUGUGGAGACUCUAGAGACGCUGCCCACUUGCGAUCUGGCCACCCAGCCCAUGAUCCAGUUCCACUACGCCUUUGCUCUCAACAGGAGGAACAGUCCUGGAGACCGGGAGCAGGCUCUCAGAGUGAUGCUCCAGGUGCUACAGACGAGCGAACAUCCUGCCCCGGACAUGUUCUGCCUCUGUGGACGCAUCUAUAAGGACAUUUUCCUGGACUCAGACUGCAAAGACACCGUGAACAGAGAUAAAGCCAUACAAUGGUAUAGAAAAGGCUUUGAGCUGCAGCCUACUCUCUACUCUGGUAUUAACCUCGCCGUCCUCCUCAUAGUUGCUGGCCAGCAGUUUGAAAGCUCCAUUGAACUGAGGAAAAUAGGUGUGAGAUUGAACAGCCUGCUGGGCCGUAAAGGUUCCCUGGAGAAAAUGAACAACUACUGGGAUGUGGGCCAGUUCUUCACCGUUAGCAUGCUAGCUAGCGAUAUUCCUAAAGCUACUCAAGCUGCUGAGAAGCUGUUCAAACUGAAGCCACCGCUAUGGUAUUUACGGUCAGUGGUGCAGAACCUGCAGCUAAUCCAGAGGUUCAAAAAGCAGGUGGUGGAGCAUUCUCCCCAAAGAGAAAGGCUCGACUUCUGGAUGGACAUCAUUGUGGAGGCCACACAGGGCACGACCAAGAGACUACGGUUUCCUGUUUUGAUUUUGGAGCCAACUAAAAUUUACCAGCCCUCCUAUGUGUCAAUAAACAACGAAGCUGAAGAGAAGCAUGUUUCCAUCUGGCAUGUUUCUCCUGCUGAAAGCAAGGGAAUCCAUGAGUGGAACUUCACUGCAAUAUCAAUUAAAGGCAUUAGUAUUAGCAAGUUUGACGAGCGCUGCUGCUUCCUUUAUGUCCAUGACAACUCUGACGACUUCCAGAUCUAUUUCUCCACCGAGGAGCAGUGCGGUCGGUUCUGCUCCCUGGUGAAAGAGAUGAUAUCCGAUGGUACAGGGAACGCUGUGGAGCUGGAAGGAGAAGGAGAUGGAGAUACGCUGGAGUAUGAGUAUGACAUGGAUGAGAACGCAGAAAGGGUGGUGCUAGGCAGGGGCACUUAUGGAGUGGUGUAUGCCGGGAGAGACCUAAGCAACCAGGUCCGGAUCGCCAUCAAAGAGAUUCCUGAAAGAGACAGCAGGUACUCGCAGCCCCUUCAUGAAGAAAUCGCCCUUCACAAGUAUCUGAAGCACAGAAACAUUGUUCAGUAUUUGGGCUCAGUUUCUGAAAAUGGAUACAUCAAGAUCUUCAUGGAACAGGUGCCUGGAGGAAGCCUAUCUGCAUUGCUCCGGUCAAAAUGGGGUCCUUUGAAGGAGGCAACAAUCAUCUUCUACACCAGACAGAUCCUAGAGGGGCUUCGAUAUCUGCAUGAGAAUCAAAUCGUCCAUAGAGAUAUCAAGGGUGACAAUGUGUUGGUAAACACCUACAGUGGCGUCUUGAAGAUCUCUGACUUUGGAACCUCAAAACGGUUGGCUGGAGUGAAUCCUUGCACAGAAACGUUUACAGGAACUCUGCAGUACAUGGCUCCAGAAAUCAUUGAUAAGGGCCCUCGAGGCUACGGGGCCCCAGCCGACAUCUGGUCUCUGGGAUGCACCAUCAUAGAAAUGGCCACUGGAAAACCUCCAUUUCACGAGCUUGGAGAACCACAAGCAGCCAUGUUUAAGGUUGGAAUGUUUAAAAUCCACCCAGAGAUUCCUGAAUCCUUGUCCUUAGAAGCCAAGUCCUUCAUCCUGCGCUGCUUUGAGCCCGAUCCUAAUAAGAGAGCCAUCGCUGCAGACCUGCUCAGAGACGUUUUUCUCAGGCAAACCACAAAGGGGAAAAAAAGCAAGAUCGCAUUCAAACCAUCAGACUACAUCCACAACGUUUCCAUUCCAGUGCAGCAGCAGGGCGAAGCUGCCGGCAGCAGCAGCAGCGAACACGGCUCCGUGAGUCCGGACUGCGACUCCAAACAUGACAUUUUCUUCCAGAGGAAGAAAACCUCUGGCUCUGAGAACCUGAAAACAUCCAGCUCCAAUUACCUAAGCGUCCCAGACGAGAGCUCAGUUUCAGAGGACCGCAGUGUCCCGCCCUCGCCUGAGGACAGAGACAGCGGUCUCUUCCUCCUAAAGAAGGACAGCGAGAGACGAGCCAUUCUCUACAAGGUCCUCAAUGAGGACCAGGAGAAGGUCAUUUCCAACUUGAAGGAAAACCACAUUCAGGGCAGCGAAGAGCUCCUGCUGUCUCUGGAGCACAUCAAGCAGAUCAUCUGCAUCCUUCGGGACUUUAUUCAUUCUCCAGAAAGGCGGGUCAUGGCGGCCACCAUCUCCAAGCUCAAACUUGAUCUGGACUUUGACUCUAACUCAAUCAACCAGAUCCAGCUGGUACUCUUUGGUUUUCAGGACUCGGUGAACAAGGUCCUGCGAAAUCAUCACAUUAAACCUCACUGGAUGUUUGCCAUGGAUAACAUCAUACGUCGAGCUGUGCAGGCUGCCAUUACCAUCCUGAUUCCAGAGCUGCAGACCCACUUUGGCCCAGCCUCAGAGUGUGAGGGUGCAGAGAAAGAUGAUGAGGUGGAUGAAGAGGAACCAGAGUUCGGUCCUGCUUUGGCUCCUAACCCGGAUGACACAGGAACCCCCGCCGACCCUGUCCUCAGUGGGACCAGCACUGUGAAUUCCAGCCACGCCCAGGAACACCAGCGCUUACACACACCCCUGGGAGCACAGCUAGGCCGGCUCAAGCAGGAGACAAACAGGCUGCUGGAGGAGCUGCUGCAGAAGGAGAAGGAGUACCAGCACGUCCUGAAGGCCACCCUGCAGCAGAGGACUCACGACAUGGAGCUGAUCCGAGUCAGGCACAGGCCACCAGACAUUUCUCUUCCCUCCAUUCUUCACGUCCCAGCAGACUCUGAGCCGGACAAGCUGCUCACUGAUUGGCUGAAGGAGCAGGGAGCGGACCCAGACACUGUGGAAAAGUUUGUGAUGGAGGAGUACACGCUGACCGACAUUCUGAGUGACGUCAGCAAAGAUGACCUCCGCUCUCUUCGACUACGGGGUGGAGUCCUCUGCCGGAUCUGGCGAGCCAUUCAGCGGCACCGAGAGCGGGAGAGGCUGACGGGUGACGGACACUCCAAAGGGGACGUAUAACUACCACUUUGGCUCUAACUUCUGAGGAAAAAUGCGCACAUUGACACAUUACCAGCCCUGCGAGGCCGUCUCCUGUUUUCCUGCCUGUCUCCACUGUGCCUUUUCACGCUGUCACCCCUGGCUGACUGAUUCCAUGCAGAGUCCUUACUGAUCAGACCAAAGCACGUUAGUGCGGGCACUACUGUUUGUAUUUUCAUUUGUUAAGUGUUUCUUUGUGCCACAAUGUGUUUGUGCUUGAGAGCUUUGAAAGGUUCGCUCUUUAUUUUUCUUAUCAGCUUUGAAAAGCUACUGUUUGCUAGACCUGCAAACAUUAGCCCUCUGUGGCAUGAUUUUUUCUUAUUUUAGGAGGAAUAGAAUGCUUCACCAUUGUUUUUGGGAGCUUGGGCGUCCCUUAUAAUAUAUCAAUCAAAAAAUGUGUCCUCCCCAGCCCCCCACUAACAGAUUUUGGUUUGUUGCCUCAGGACAACAACAUGCUAUGAGGGUACUAAAACACCAAGGUUUUCUAUAUCAUCGUAUAAGUAGGAUGAGGAACAAACAAGCCAUAAAUACAUUCAAAGAAGUUUUAUUUCAACAACAACAACAAUUUCCUCAAGUUUUAUUUCUACAAACAUCAGCCACAAAUGGUUUAUCGAUCAGUGGGCUAGAGAUUAGAUGCAGUGUGUGUUUGCUUAUGAAUGUGUGUUCCUGUGGGGUACUGUUUGAAUCGGUUUCUCUUUUUCUACAAAGCACAGUCUGUAUUAUUCUGUAUGGAACCCCAACAAGCAGUUGCUGGUGGAUGUGAAACUGAGGUGAACAUCACAUUUUUGGCACUUGGCUUUAGGUGUACCUUUGCAUCCUGGUACCUUGGAUCUCCCUUUCUAUUCAUCCAUGACCAUCCAGUUGGCUGUGGUGUCCAGCUGCACAUCAGGGACCGGAACGGGUGCAGUGGGUCCUCUUCUCCUCUUUUCUUCAUACUCCCCAGCACUUGUGGAACUAAGAUGACCUCUCUUACGCUCCCGAUUCUUGCCACUUUUGCACAAGCUUUCUGCGAUAUACGUCUUGAACACGUAAUGCUUCAUCUUUUCGCCCCCCAUUGCUGCUGCAGUCUCUGUUGUAGAGCAGCCAGUUAGUCACAAUUGCCAUGUCGAUAAAGUGGAACAUCAGCCGAUGGUAUCACUUCUUCGACCUGAUUUUGUUGCGGUAAAGUGCAAUGAGAGAGGCCAGCAGGUCCACACCACCCAUAUUCUUAUUGUACUCUCUCACCACAGCAGGACAGAGGACUUGCCAUCCCACCUAUCAACCCCAGGGACUGGGUGUGCUCCAAUGUAAUUACUGAGAAGACUGACUGAAUGGUUAUCGUACCACUUCACAGCAUGCAAGGUGGUUUCUCCAAACAUGGCCGUCUUCUAUUCAAAAGAUGCACGUCCAGCUCUCCUCAACUCAGCCUCACACAUCAAGUUGACACCUGGUAGUCUGUUGCUAUGAACAGUACCAGUACAGUGAAUUCCUUGCUGAGCAAGUGUGAGUAUAAGAGGGACACUUGUGAACCAGUUGUCAAAGAACACCUUGUAGUUCUGCUGCUUGGGUAUUGGCGGGGCCAGGCAGAGGACAACAUUGCCACAUGCUCCUACAUCUGGCAGUUCAGGGGGUUGCAUACCUGAUCUCAAAAGUAUGCGCAGGACACCAUCAGAGCCAGCCAGGACAAGCAUCUUGUAGCCCCAUUUCUUUGGUUUUGCUGGCAGGUAUUGUUUGAGCCUAUUUCUUCCGUUGAAAGGGACCAUAUGCUCAGCUACAGCCAGCUUCUCACCCAUGGUGAUUGUAUGCAGCUUUGAGGUAAGAUGAGUGACCAGUGGUCGGAUUUUGUGGAGUGGAUCAACAUUUUCUCCUUGUCUCACUUCAUUGUUGUUGAAGUGCAGGGAUUUUUUGAUGAACUCCCAUCUGUUUGGUGCCAUGGUGUCAGCUACCUGGGAAACUCAGGUGGCUUUGUUCCAAAACACGCGUACCAGGUAAUCCAAACAACGACAUGUACACUACGUGUGCAUGUACGCUCCAGUGGUCUGCACAAAAUACCAAACAAAAUAUUUUUACUCAAGAGGAGACAUGAUCUUUAAAAGAGUUCCUUCUUUCCUAUAUGCUGCCUUAUAGUUAUUGGGCUGCUUUCAUCAAUUAAUUCAGGUCAAUGAUCCGCUUCGGUCUUCACAGACAGCCUGUCUAACCCUCUGGAUCAGUGCAGGACACUUCUAUUGGGGAUCUACCACUUCACAUUUCUGUCCUAACCCCAUUAGGAUUACCCCAUUAAACAACCUCUGUAGAAACUGAGGGCUGCAGGAGGUCUCGCUCGUGCAUUUCAACAAUGCUGCCAUAGAAAGUUUUGAGAUUGUGCAUGCCUGACAUGAAAUGACAUGAAAGCCAGAUAAAUGCACAGAUUGUGACUAAUUCCAGUCAUUUGCCUCCUCUGUUCAUUUUGUCCACCAGCACUAAAUGCAAAUACUUGGCAUUUCUUUCCUGGUUUUAAGAGUUUCAUCAGGGCUGUGCUCACUGCUUCCUUGUGUGACAUUAUUGAAAAACCUGCAGUAAAUCUGGCAGGAUAUCAGGAAGCGAGCCAUGAACCUUCACAAGUCUGGUUCCUCCAUGGGUACAAUUUCAAGAUACCUGAAGGCUCCAAGUUUAUCUGUUCAGUGAUACGAUCACCGGGAUAUGAGUUCUAUACUUAAAUGGGCUGAAAUGCCGCUCAGGGAGGAAGAAGCCAUUACUCUAGAACCAGCAUAAAAAAAGACAUAUUACAGUUUGAAAAUGUACUUAGAGGAUGAGCGCUUUACUUUUUGGACACAUAGCCUUUAGUUUGAUGAAACUAAAAUCUCUCAAGUAAUAGGUGCCAAAAUUGACAAAGACCCCUGGAUAGGUGUUGAAAUGUACCAGUUGUCUCCAAUUUAAGCCUUUGCUGUUGCAACGACCCAGACUGAUGAGAAUUUGCACAGCCAUAAAAUUGAAGUAUCUUUAUAUGUCAAAGAAAAAGGGUGUGGUUUGCAAACUUGAGAACACCAUCCCAAUUGUGAAGUACGUGAGUGGCAGCAUGAUGUUUUGUGGCUCAGCCUCUGUGAAGUUCACCAUUCCCUCGUGCGGCUUUGGCCACAGGUACAACUGGUGCAACUCGCAGAACAGAUGGCAACGAGGAAAGAAAAGUGCAUUAUGUGAAAAUACUGAAGCCACAGCUCAAGACCUUUGAUAUGACAGAAAAGCUUUGGCACAGAUGCAUCUUCAGAAAAGACAAUGACUCCCCAGGACACCACCAGUUUAGUUGCAAAGUGUGUGAAGGACAACAAUGUUUUAAAGGCGAUCAUAAAGCCCUGAUCUCAGUGUCUGAAAGUUUAAAAGGUGGAGCUGACAAUUUCACUUUUGAAGUACACGUGACAGGGCCUACAAAUGAGGAAGUAGCCUAUUAACAAUUUGCGGUAUGUCUUGAAAGUAUGUCUUAAUGGCUUUAAACUGCAGGUGUUUUUUUUUUUUUUUUUUACACUGGAUAUUAGUGGCUGUCAGGUCGUUCCUGUUCACAGUGACUGCUGAUCUGUACACGUCCGUGUCCCCCACUGUUCUGUUGAGCAUGCCACGCACUGUGGCUGUACUUAACCCCAAACAAUCUAUGGAUGCACGUUUUCAAACUGAACCCAUACCUGGGGGGACGGGAGUGGGCUGCCGCUCAGUGGGUGAAGUAGCCAUCUUGCCAAUGGAAGGCUGUGGGUUCCAUUUCAGCUUGACAUGUCAGUGUGCCUCUGGACAAGGCACUUAACUUCAAGCUGCCUACAGAUCUGUUUAUCAGUGUAUGAAUGUGUAUUUGUUAAUGAGUGCGAUUGGGUGAACAUGGCCCUUUGGGAAGAGAAGUGCAACAUAAAUUCAGUCCAUUCACCAUUCCUAAAUAACUCAAUAACUAAAUUUUUUUCAGGUCUGAAUACCCUGGCAUCGACACAAUCACACCUUUACUGCUUCCACAUUCUCUUUAUCAGGAAGUUGAUAACUAUUAACACAUUUUUCUAUCUCCCACUGCAGAGGAAAAAGAAAAAAUACCCAUGCAGACAUGUCCAAACACUAUUUAGCUGAGGAAUGCUUUGAUUAUAUAGCCAUAGCUCAAGCGUCUGUAAACAAAUGGCAAACAGCCAACUCAUGGAGCAACAACAUAUAUGGAAAAAGUAGUUCCUUGCAAAUUAAACGUUGUGGUUUAGAUUCCCGCCUCCUCCCGUUAUGUCGAUGUGCCCCUGGGUAAGGCAUGUCAACAUUUGUGUUGGGUUUGUUUGUGAGUGCGAUUGGGUAAAUGUGGCUCCAGUGUAAAGCACUUUGAGUGGUCGCUACGACUAGCAAAGUGCUUUUCAUAACUGGAUAUUUGGGUACCAUAGUCCGGAUGCAACAAGUCACCUGAAGCCUUAAAGUCAGGUUUAACCAAAGUUUUGAUUAGAUUUAAGAUUGCCAUUGCAGGUGUUUAAAGUCCAAGGCAACGACAUGCAGAUUUCAUCCAACCAGAAAGGCUUAAGCAUUGGUAAAAACUGGAGGGACGCUAGGCCUGGUGUUGUUCACGCAUCUCCAUCUUGGUUGCAUAAAACAUGUUGUCAGAUUUGAACCGCUAAUUGUCGCCUUUCUGUUUGUAUGUGUGUAAUUUAUUUGCUAAAACUGUCUUUUUUUCCUGUUUUUUAUUUUAUUUUAUCUUUGCUGUUAUAUUUUAUUUAUCUGCUUAGCAACUGCAAUAAACGUGUUAAAGUUGACAAAA